UCGAAACAUGGAAGUAUUCCUCGUUUCCCACUCGCGUUUCCGAGCUCGAAGACAAGUUCAAAGUCGUGGCCAAGUUGCUGCUCGUCGACGGUAUCGUCAUUGCUAUUAUUGCGAUCUCCGGUGCCGUCUCUCCCUUCCAUCAUCCCUUUGGCUUUCUCCAUCCAAAGUGGGGAUUGUUAGAGCGAUUCAAAAGAGGAAACCCGUGGCAGGAGAAAAAGCCCGCACCUUUUAACUCCUUCGAGCAUCGGAUGGCGCAACAAGCAAAAGUACCUAAAUUUGGCAACUGGGAAACUGCUGAAAGUGUCCCUUACACCCAAUACUUUGAUCAAGCUCGGAGCAAAAAUGACAGAAAAACCACUACUAAUCCAAAUGGUGGUACUGAAAACUCAAAGAUAGUCUCUACUGAUGUAGAAUCUCUGGUCGAUGCAUCUUCAACUAAAACUGGGUCCAAUCUUGAGACCACCAAACCUAAGGAUCCAAGACCAUUGAGGAAGGAUGCUGGUAAUAUCAAUCAAACUGAUACACCUGUGAGUAAAGAAGGUGUUGUUCGCAAACCCGAUAACAAGAGGAGAUCAAACAGACAACAUGGUGGAUAUCAGGGUAAAUCGGUUGACAGAGCUGCAAAUGAUCCUCCUCCAUCGGGCAAAAAGACAGCAUUGGAAGGUACUCCAGGAAGAAUUAGAACAACUCCUGGUGAUCGAGCCUGUGGAACGCCUCACCAUGAUGUGACAGUGCCACCUUUUGCUGGAUGGGAUGAAAAUGAUCCAGCAUCUGGUGAGGAGUACACUGGCAUCUUUAAGCUAAUAGCUGAGAACAGAAGAACUCCUGGUACUCCAUAUGAGCCACCACAACCAAGUGGUCAGAAGCAAGGAAGUACUGGAACUAAGGGUUGUGGGUGCUUAAGCUGGAUUUUGAAGUGAAAAUCUUCGUGGUAAAGAUUUUGGAAAUCUAAAGCUGCCAAAUUCAUCGAGAAAAGCCUUUUUUAGGGAGUUCUGUUUCGGAAGUAUAUAUUUUCAGCAUUUAAGCAUAAUGAGUGUUUAUAUGCAAUUUAACAUAAUGUUCUUUUUUCUUAUUUUUGCAACUGCUUUCUGUGGUCUCCUGAACAUAUUUCAUAUGCCAUCAAAUUUCUUGUUUAUGGUUUAA